GGCUGCACGAAGUCGUGAGCCCGAUGAGCGCGUGUCCGCAACUCUAGAUGUUGGUAAAGGCUCUGAAAUGAAUGACGGGUCCUUCCUUCGGACACAGACACCGGGGAAAGACUGCGAGGACCACCUCAGGACGCAUGUUACCGCUCUGUGUCCGUGUGAAGGCUAGCAGGAUUGUUACCUAUCCCCGGUCAUGAUAAACCUGACGGCGCGCGGUACGGCUCGUGUGUCCGUGACAGCCGACUGAUGGUGCAGAGGCGCGUGCGGCGCCGUUGGGAAAUGCGAAACAGCGGUCUAGUGACGGCGCGAGGACGAUAUACAGCUAAAUACUGCAUCUGACUGAUGAGACAUUCACAGGACAUCGCCUGUGGGCGUGUGCGCCAUAUUCCCGAUGCACCUGCACCUCCAGCAAAUGAAGGUGAUCCUGGGCUGAUGGAUAUCUGUUGAUGAUGCUCACAAUAUCUGCUCCUCUGGUUUUAUCUCAUGGGUUUCUGUCCUGCCAAAAAACACAAGUGCAACUAUUCUCUACAAGCAUGGGCUUCUUCUAGUCUACCUCAUCUUAUUUAUUUUUAAGCCAUUGAAUUUAAUGCCAUUGCAAAGACUGAUGUGACGAGGGGCUUAAAACCAUUUCAGCUGGAAAAGGCUUUUAUUGUGCUCUAAAAGCUAAGGUUUACUCUGAUGCAGCUUGGACAAUACACUCUUUUGUUAAUCAAAUUCACCAUAAGGAUCCAGGUGGCCUCAUUUUAGAGUAAAUAGCAGCUCUAAGCCUGUGGAAUGCUUGAUCUCAAGAUGAAGGAGACGUGUCGCAUCUGUGGACGUGAGCUCUGCGGUAACCAGCGGCGAUGGAUCUUCCACCCCACCGCCAAGCUCAACCUGCAGGUGCUGCUGUCUCACGCUCUCGGGCGGGAGCUGACCCGGGAUGGCAGAGGAGAGUUUGCCUGCUCCAAGUGCACUUUCAUGCUGGACCGCAUGUACCGCUUUGACACGGUGAUCGCCCGUGUGGAGGCCUUGUCCAUCGAGAGGUUGCAGCGGCUCCUGCAGGAGAAACAUCGGCUGAGGCAGUGCAUCGGCGGGCUCUACCGGAAAACAAACUCAGAGGAGGGGGCUGUGACAUUAAGUGGAGGUAAUGAAGCACCAGGAGAUGGGAUGGUGGACAUUUCAGGUCUCACGCAUGCAAAGUACUGUGCCCUGCUCCAGGAUGACCUGGUCUACUCUUUGUACGAGUCCUGGGCCGAUGACAGCCUGGACUGUCAUCACCACCACCCUCAGUGUCCUGCCGGUCUGGAGUCAGAGGGCACAGUUGCAGGCUCACAUCGUUGUGUUACCAGCACUCCCAGGAGGUGUCGGGGAUGUUCCUAUUUGCGGGUGGCAGACUCCGACUAUGAAGCUGUUUGUAAGGUGCCCAGGAAGCUAGCAAGGAGUAUUUCCUGUGGGCCAUCAACCAGAUAUUCAGCCAGUGUUAUUGGAGGGAGUGUGACUGGAGGAGUGGGAGGUGGUGCACAAGGAGUAGGAGAAAGAAAAAAUGUGGAGGAUUCAGAAGAAGCCCCCUCCUCUAUAACUCUGGUCCCUGGUUCUCAGGACCCCUCGAGGACAUCAGACAGCGAUCGCACCCUGGCUGGGCGAGCCAGCUCCAGCCCCUCUAUAGGAUCCUUUGAGAUAACCGAGGAAUAUAUUCCGCCUGGAACCACAACAGAUGGGCCACUGAGCUCCCCCAGGGAACCAAUAGAUGACCGGAUAUAUGACUCCCUCUCGGAGGAGCACAUGGGAGCCCCUCAUGGCCAAGCCUCACCUGGACCCAGCCUCUCUCUGGCCCUCUGUUUGCUGCAGAGCUAUGCCGUCCACCGGCCUGUCCAGAGCUCUAAGGGGAGCAAGCUGCCAGUGCUGCUCCGACGUAGCUCCAACAAUGGAGGCACGAGGCUGGGCUUCCCUGAUCCUGUUCUGGAAAUGUCUUACGGAACUCCAGAUGGAGAAAGGGACAACCACAUGCCAACGCCUGAGCUGCAGACCCCUCCGAUCAGGCUGGACGUUGGGCUCGAUCAGGUUCUGAACCUGGCUGACAUGGAAGAUUUAUUGGAAGAUUUGUACAAAGAGUAUCCUCCCCCACCUCCCCACCAGAGCCUCGUUGAGGAGCAGCAGAGUCAACUGAACCAGUAUGAGUGUGCGGCCGGUCAGUGUGUCAGCGAGCUGCAGAAGGCCCAGCUCCAGGUCCAAUCCCUGCAGGCCAAGAUCCACGAGAGCGAGGCCAACAACAUGAAGCUGCAGGAGAAGCUGAACGAGAUGGAGUGUGAGCUGCGUUCAAUUCGUCAGGCUGCUCAGGGUCAGGAAAGAACCAUUCAGGGUCUCUCAGAGUCCAACAGCACCAAAGACAGAGAGGCCCAGGAGCUGUACCAGCUGAUUGAAGGGCAGAACACCACGCUGUGUAAGCUGAGAGAAAUGGCCCACCGCAACCAACUUGCUCAAUGCAAGGCUCCAGAGGGAGUCAGUGAGUCCUUGACGCUUGCCCAGCUGCAGGGUGAGCUGGUGGGGGUGCAGAGCUCCCUGUUCUCCCUUGGUCUGGAGCUGGAAGCCAGCCAGAGGAGUCUGAGACAGAGCCAGAGGCAAGGAGAAGACCUGGCAAGGUUCAAGGACAGACUCAACUCUGAUCUACAGGAGGCACUGCAGCACAGGGAGGUCGCUGAAAAGCACAACCAGGACCUGCGCUGUGCCCUUCAGAAAACUCGCUCUGAGCUUCAGGCUAAAGAAGCAGCUCUGAAGGAGAGCGAGGCUGAGAGAGUCGCCGUGGUGCAGGAGAAAGACAGGAGCAUCACACAGCUCGAACGCUCUCUGCAGGACAAGGAGGGACAGUUGCAGGAUUAUUCAGAGAUGCUGGAGUCAGCAGGGAGCUCCAAACCAAGAGAUGCUCUGCUGGAGAAACUAAGAGAGCGUAUUAAAGAUAGAGACAGAGCUCUAGAGCACUCCAUCGAUGACAAGUUUCGCUGUGUGGAGGAGCGCGAGGGCCAGGUGAGGAGGCUGCAGCUGGCCCUCAGGGAGAAGGAACGAGACCUGGAGAGACUCCGCUGCAUCCUGUCCAGCAACGAGGAGACCAUCACGAGUCUGGAUGCCUUGGUGCGCGGUAAAGAGCUGGAGCUGGAGCAGGCGGCAGAGGCCUACAGGAACCUCCAGUGGCUGAAGCAGCAGAGCGAGGAGAAGGAGAGGAACACUCUGAGGGAGAAAGACAACAUCAUCAGCCAGCUACAGGCAGCCCUACAGACACGCAGCCAGGAGACUCAGGAUCUGACAGCCGCCCUCGUUGCCAGAGUCCAGGCUGGUCCCUCCGAGGUUGUAGAGGAGUUGAAGGCUCGGCUGGCACUGAAAGAGAAACUGUUCCAGGAGCUGCUGUCAGACCGCAGCCGCCAGUCUAAUGAACACCAAGGACAGGUCCAGGACAUGCUCAACACCCUCAGCUCCAAAGACCAGUAUCUGCAGGACUACUCCUACAGGCUGUCCGUUGUGAUUAGUGAGCAGACCGUCCAGCUGCAGGAGCUCCGCAGACAGCUGUCAUUAAGAGAGCAAGAGCUGUGCGAGCUGAAACGGGACAGGGAGAGAGAGAUGGGAGGAGAGACGGAGCAUCUGCGGAGUCUGCUCAAAGAGAAAGAAGCCUUCAUCAAGGAACUGAUGCAGGCCCAGGAGGAGGCGGUGCAGCCACCCUGUAAAGAGAGUGAGGCAGAGAUGAAGGCUCUCCAGGAGGAGUUGCAGCUGGUACUGAGGAAGGAGAGGGAGGCUCAGACGGAGCUGUCUGCUCUGCGCUUGGCUCACCAGCACCAGCAGGACACCAAGGACACCUCUGAUCAUCAAAGUGUGCUGGAGCAGCUCGUGUCAGAGUACAACAAACUGAACGAUGCCCUGAGGGCAGAGAAGAGAUUAUACCAAAAUCUGACACACAUUCAUACCAAGAGUGACAGCUCGGUGAAGAUCCAGGCCCUCCACACUGAGCUAGACUCGGUUCAGGCCCUCCGCAGACAGCUGGAAGAGGUCCUGGCCAGGACCCGUAACAUGGCCCUGGCACUGGAAAGGGCAGCUAAAAGGCAGCCUGACUUUGGAGAGCUCAGCACAGAGGAAGAGGAGGAGGAGGGAGACGAUGAAGACGGCAGCAGUGACGAGUUCACAGACAGCAUCGAGGAGGAUGAUGAGAAAGUGAAGGCCAGAGGUUUGGCCUCCAUUCAGGCUCGUGGACCUGAGGGUGUGACCGGAGCACCGGUGAGGGGGGCAGCGUCCCAGAGAGCUGAUGUAACGCAGCUCGAGGAGGCAAAGGAGACACUUGAAGGCCAGCUUGAAGAAAUACAGUUACAACUGGAGAGGGAUGGAUACACCUCUGUGGCGCAGAUGAGGAGUGCUCUGCAGAGGCUGCAGCAGGAGAACCGCGCUCUGAAAGAAAGCCAAGGACAAGCUGGAGGUGCAGGACUGAGGCUGAAGGACCACAGGAGUCUGAACCAGGAAGAGGAAGCAGAGGAGGAGGAAGAAGAGGAGGAGGAGGAGGAUAUCGAGGAAGAAGAUGAAGAGGAGGAAACACCUCCACAACAUUUGCCGGUGGGGAAGCGAGGUCCUCCGCGUGUUAGUCUGAGCGAGGAGCGAGGGAAGAGGCAGUGCACAAGGCCCACACACCGGCCUCAGACGGAGGUGGAGCUUGCUGGCAGCAGCGGCGAGGUGGGAGAGCUCUGGCAGGAUAUAGAGGAGGGUCUCCGUGAGCAGGCGGCCCGUCUGAGCUCCGAUCUGGCUCUUAGCCACCAGGAGAACAGAGAGCUGCAGGAGAGGCUGAUGGUGUCCGAGGCCACGGUCCACGCUCAGGCUGAACAGCUGAAGGACUACAGAGACCUCCUCACGGAGACAUCGGUCCAGCAGGCCAGUAAGCAGGUGCAGGUGGAUCUCCAGGAUCUUGGUUAUGAGACUUGUGGUCGCAGUGAGAACGAAGCAGAGAGAGAAGACGCCAGCAGCCCAGAGUUUGAUGACCUGGAGAUGUGCACGUCGCUGUCCCAUCAACAGGACUAUGAGGGUGCGGGCGGCAGCUGGUACACUGGUAGCUGCAGCAGUAACAGAGGGGCGUAUGAACUGGGGGAUGAGUCAGCCUCUCUCCAGCAUCUGGUCCAGGAUCUCCGCUCACAGCUGACCCGCUGCCACAAGGUGAUCCGUGGGCUGCAGCUGCGUGUCCGCUCCCUGUCUACCACCAGCGACUACGCCUCAAGCCUGGAGCGCACCCCACGCAAGGUAAACUGGGCCUUUGAGACAUCACCGGCCCCCAGCGGUGUGGAAGAGGAUGAAGGCUGGAUGUCUGACACACAAGGGACUCGCUCAGGGUCCAAGCCCAGCAGGGAACUUCAAGAGCUGAUGGCACGAGUUGCAUCACUGGAGGCACAACUGAAGAGCUCCAGGCUGGAGGGCAAAGGUCAAGCAGAGGAGGGGAAAUGUGCCACCUGGCCUGGGAAGUACAACUCCCUGAUCCAGACACAAGCCCGUGAGCUGUCCCACCUGAGACAGAGGAUGAGAGAGGGACAAGGAGUCUGCCAUAUCCUCACCCAGCACCUGGGUGACACCACCAAGGCCUUCGAGGAGCUGCUGCGUGCCAAUGAUAUUGAUUACUACAUGGGUCAGAGCUUUAGAGAGCAGCUGGCACAGAACACUGCCCUGGCACAAAGAGUAGUCACCAAGAUCAGCGGACGCGACGGUGCAGAGAGCCACGAUGACAAGACAGGCCAUGAGUUGCUUGCCCUACGGCUGAGUAAGGAGCUUCAGCAGAAGGAUAAAAUCAUCGAGUCACUCCACACCAAGCUGCAGCAGCGUCCAGAGACCCCGUCCAGCUGCCUUGCUCUCUCCGAGACCACCGACCAAUCAGACAGAACCUCCCUGGUGUCUGAUGAGUACAGAACCAAUGAAGACUUUGAGCUGUGCUCUGAUUUAGACGCCAGAGAAUAUCAGGAGGAGCACCGGCUGCGGCAGCCAGGACUUGGAUCAGAACGAGACGUCCGUCCAUCUCUCCCUCCUCCUCCUCAUGGCUUCCUCAAGUCCUCCAGCAGCUGUCCCAACAUGCUUUGCUCAGCCCCUGUGGGUUUGACCAGGCAGUGCUCCAGAGCCCUUUUCAGUGAGCCCGUCUCCUACUCCCUCUCUGUCCCCUCUGGCCCUGACGUCUGGGGUAAGGAAGUCACUUCUGACCCCCGGCCCAGGGCCCUGUCUGUGAUCGCUGUUCGCCCAGAGCUGGACAUGCUGUACAAACAGAUGAAUGAGCGGAACAGGGGCUUUGCAGUCCCCCAUGACAAGGCUCUGUUCACUCUCUCACCUGGUGCCCACAACCAGCACGACCUCGCCAGCUACAGCCAGCUAUCCCAUCAUGCCUUUCAACAGUAUCAGCUGGGUGGCAUUGCUGAAGGCCACUCGCUGAAGUCUGACUCAGGUCUAGUGACAGGAGGGGCUUUGUGGGACUUGGAGAGCAUGGUUCAGCCAGUCGGAGGCUAUUCUGGCUCACCGGGACACCAGCAAGGAAGCAGCCAUGCAGGGGUAAAUUUGAUAGAGGAGCACCUGCGGGAGGUGAAGUGUCUCCGCCAGCGUCUGGAGGAGUCCAUUCGGACCAAUGAGAGGCUCCGACAGCAGCUGGAAGAGAGGCUGGCCACCACUGGGCGUGAUGGAGGGGCACCAACAAACAUCUACAUUCAAGGCCUGGACACAGUCACUCAACUGUCCAAUGAGAUCCGAGUCCUGAAAGAAGAGAACUUGGGUCUCCAGUCACGCCUGCAGGCCAGCACAGACACAUGUGAGGAGGUGGCGCAGUUGCGUGAGGCGGUGUUUACAGCACGCGCCCGCCUGAAACAAGCAGAGCUGGAGGCCGAGCAGUGGAAGGAGGAGCUGAGACGAGUCCAGGCUCACAGUCAGGAGCAGGGACAACAGAUACACAUACUGAGGCAGGAGCGACAGGCCAGUCAGGAGAAAACCAACAGGCUCCAGCAUGAGGUGUCUCUACUGCAGCAGCAGCUGUGUGAGAGCAGAGAGCUCAUCCACUCCCUGCAGAGUGAACUCCAAGUGUACGAUCGAGUGUGUUCCAGCACUAAGGCCAACAAAGGCUACCUGUGUGAGCUCCCAGGUCUACCGGUGGAGCUGGGAGAGCUGCUCGGGGAGGUGAGGAGUCUGCGAGCCCAGCUGCAAAACAGCGUCCAGGAGAACAGCGCCCUCAAACAACUGGAGCUCCACAAGCAGCUGGAGCAGAAGCUGGGUGGCGGCUCUCCUCGGACCCCCUCCCUCUCCGCGCUCACUGCCAGCCCUCAGAGAGAAAACUUCUACAGGCGACAGUUGCUGCAUGACCCAGCUCCGUCUCCACCAGUCAGGGACAUUGGUCUGUUUAACUGUGGAUCUCCCGGUCCCCCCUACUCAGACCUGGAUGACAGCCAUAGUACUGCCAAUGACCCUCUUGACCCUCACUCUGAGCUGGAGGGGGAGGCCCCUGACGGAUCGUUUGCGAACCGUAACGGCCGCCACGCCAUCGGUCACGUGGAUGACUUCAGUGCUCUGCAGCAGCAGGUCCUGGAGGGCCGGAGCCUUGUCCAGCGCAUGGAGACGACCCUGCAGGCCUGCCUCAGCCCACCACUGCUGGAGGGCAGCCAGAAACAGAGCAGUGAGCUGGUCCUGGACUACGGGUGUGUGAGGAGUCUGCUGUCCAACACAAAGACUCUGAGGCAGAUCCUGGAGGAGGCCAUGUCUCUGCUGAAGAUGUUCUGGAGAGCAGCACUGCCCAGCACUGAUCCCUCCAUCCAAAACCUUAAGAAGGAGCAGUGUAUGCAGGAGGAGAUCUUGUCCCUGAAACUGCGGAUGUCGGAACAGGAAGAGGUUCUCAAGGGGACGGUUCAAAGACUGAGGAGCACCAGCCGCACUAAGGAGAGCAUGGAGCACUUCAUAGUCAACCAGUUGUCAAGGACUCGUGAUGUGCUGAAGAAAGCCAGGACAAACUUAGAGAAGAAUGAGCUUAGACUCUCCUCUCUAAGCUCCUCCUCUUCCUCUUAUGCUGCUGAGGACCCAGGAGGUGCUGCCAGAGGGCGGCCUGCUGAUCGCAGUUUCCUGAAGACCAGCGGCGCUUCCGGAGCUGCGGCCAAUCAACGUCCAGUAGCGAGGAAGCGCAGCAGCCAAUGCCUGCUUUAGACUUUUCAAAGAACCAGCCUCAACGCCACCACCUCUGACCUCUAUGCUGAAACAGCAGACCCACCACCCCCCACCCUCCUUCGAGCCCUCCACACCAGCCUCUCCUGUCCCACCUGACCUCCGCCUUUACCUCCGUCCAGCCUUGAGAGUGCUUCCGUCCUUCCCUCCUCCAGGCAAUAUGUGCACAGUAUAAUCUGCACCUUGAGCCUUACCAAACUCCCUUUACCCCCCUCGCAAAUUAUCUGUCACUCUCUACCCCCUCCCAGCACAUGUACUACUGUCUUUGAGUGACACAGUCAGCAGUUUGCCUUGUCGUGUGUGUGACAGAAGAAAGGGUUUGAAAUGUGCCUCUGGUGGCUUCAGUGAUGUGCGUCCUAUUGAUGGAGCUGGUUGAAGAUGCUCCUAGACACUGAUCUCAGACCAGUUGUAUGUUGUCAUAAGGGGUUGUAUCACAGAAACCUUCAGGAUAAUUGUACAAGAUUUAGAAAUUUAGGAAGAUCAACCAUCGACUUGCAAGAACUUAACUUGCAAAUAGAACGUUUCUGUAAUACCAACCUCAGAUCUGUCUCUGAGAGCAUCCUCUCCUGAGAGCCUGUGGACGGAAUAAAUGUUCAUGCAUGUUUAAUCGUGGCUUGUGAGAGGAAUUCUGCACACACGUACACACACACACACACACACAUAUAUGUAUCUAUAUGUGUGGUCUAAAACGGCUCACUCAAAGACAAGACAUCCUCAACUUUGACUGCCACAGAAAUGCAAGUUUACUUCUCGUGGCACUUUUAUUAACGAGAUUUAUUUGCAAAUGCAAUGCAAAGAACAGUGACACUGACAAUGUAUCACUACACACAGUCGAGGAAUGUAGAGGAAUUAUCACUGCUAAGUAGUCAUGUACUAGCUGUAACUGUAUUUGUGGAGGAAGCUUAUGAAUGGUAAGUCAGCCAUCAGCCACGGGUAAUGAAUAGCAGAACAAAAGCCAGAGAAAGGUUCCAUUUCAGUCACGAGCCUCCUCUUUUAGGUCCUGAUGGUGCUUUUCUGGCAUCCAUCUACUGAAGUUGAAGGACUGAAUAAGUCCAAUGCAGGGGAGUGUGGUCAGGAGUGCUCGAGGCUUCCAUCAGUCUGGUUGGUUGUGAUUUGUGAGCGGGAUGUACACUAGAAAAAAAAAGAGGUUCAAGUGCUCAAAUGGAACCAGGCUAAACACGCGUAUUCAAGCUCCUCUGUAGGAGUUCUCAUACGAGCAUGUGCAAUAAUGAUGUUGUUUCUUGAGUGAUCAUGCUGCACCGGGUUAUUAUUAUUUCUUUGCUUGACACUGGAUUAUUAGUCACACUCAUGUUAAAGUUAGGAUGCAAUCAGUGUUACGAUUGUACGUUUUUAUGGAGUGUCGAUGCAUGACAGAGAUUGUAACUGGUAAAAUGUAAGCUAUGGAACAGGGGAUUGCCAUUACUUGCCAAAGUUUGAACUUUGAACUCUUUACUGUCACUUUGACUUGCCUUAUCCAUGCGAAUGACAAACCCCAGGUCUGAUCAGACCGUAGGGAUACCGAGGUGUCUUUUUGUUUUCAGAGGGCCUCCAGAACCACAGAGAUGGUAACCGUUAGACAGCUAGUUCAGGUUGUUUCGAAUUGUGCUCCUUUUUUUGGACCAAAACUCAAUAGAGUGGAUUUUUCCCACAAGGCCAUACAGUACGCUAUUGUCUUUAUGUUAUUUCUCUUGGUUCAGGCCGUCUUAGCAUUCCCAUGGCAAUGGCAAUAUAGGUUAUCAAGUUCAUAUAGAUGAUGCAAACUUUGGCAGGCUACUGGUGGGAUCAUUGUUCUUUAAUUCACUUGUAACAGUUCAACUUCACAUUUGGUUUGAUGUGUUUUCUUGCUGUACAUUUGCCAUUUUAUGCUGUAAAUAAUCAGCUUUUUUCUGUGUGAACUUAACUUUUGUUUGGGUGUGUGUGUGCGUGCAAGCGUAUGUGUGCCUGUUUUUCUGACUUAUCCUACUUUUGGGGGAAAUUUUCAGGCUGAAAGACUAGUUAAUUUGGGACAGCUUGUCCAAACAAAAGCUGUGUCCUCGAUUGGGAAAAGCUAAUUUUUGGAUUAGUGGUUUAAUCUAUGUAAUGUCCCCAAAAGUGGCCUGAGUCAGUGUGUGUGUAUGUGUGUGUGAGAAUAACAUCCAACAUUUGCUUUUUGCAAAGUUGAUUUUCUGGGUAGCUGUGCAAUAGCUUUAUAUCUUUUAUUUUUGAUGUUUAACAUCAUUGUAUUAUGAGUAUGUUUGCCACAUUCACUUCCUGCAGUGUAUGAUUCAUAUGCAGUGUUUGUUAGAGGAUUGUGUCACUUUGAAUCAAUUAGUCACAUAGGCUGUGUCUGAUAAGAAAUCACAAACUAUGCCUUCAUGAUACCUAAAUCACUGAUCACAAUAUCGUUCACCUGUAACAAAGCUCUGAUUAAUGUUGCUUCGCUUGCCUUUAAAAUAAGCUUGAGAGCCUCUUCAAUCUGCUCUCGGUGGUAGAAACGGCCUUGAACUAACGCUCGUCUACCUGAGAUCUGCCAAAUUAGGUUUUGUUUGCGCUCGAGUCUUCAGAAAAAGUUGCCAAGUAUUUCAAUAGAGGUUUAAAAAAAGUUUGAUAUUUCCUUUUGGUGAAAGGGAAAAGUUUUGAAGAUUUGUCUACUGUAAAAAUAAGCCAAUGACUGGAAAGAUUGUGAAACGUAUCAACAAAGCACCUUGUUAGAGCGUAAACAAAGCCUUUUUGCUAUUUGUUAUUAGGAAGGGAAUCAAACGGCAGUUUGAAACAAUGUAUUGUUAGUCCUGAGUUGCGUAUGUAUAUAGCGCUAUUUGAUUGAUGCAACUUUUACGUGGUUGGAAAGCAGCUUUUUCUCUGAGUUUGUGCAUAAUAAACUAGAAAGCCGAUACAGGACUCAUAUAGAUCCUGUUUCUGAUGACAGUUAACAGUGUGCUGUGUUGGCAAAAGUAUUAUCAAUGAAAGAUUUUGGGAAAGAAUGAAUAAAACACGUAAAACGUUUGUUGAUUUCUGUUUUGGUUCCAGUUUGUUUGCUUUUUUGUUUUAUUUGGAGCUAUGGAUAUUUAGCUUCAGUCUGUGCUGUUGUGAGUAAAUAAAAGUUUGUACGUU